AUGCCAACACUAAACAAGCAUAGUGAUGAUGAAGACAACUGCGAUUCUGAUGUUGCGGAUAACAUCAGCAACAACUCAUCUCUUAAUGAAAACAGCAAAACCUCAAAAAACGUUGCUAAUAUUAAAUUUAGCAAAUUCAAAUCAAUAAAAACAACGCGUCUAAAAAAAUUGGCUGAUUGCGAUGCGAAGACGACUUAUCGUUGUGAUAUCUGUUCGUCACGAUUCUUCGCUGAGCACCGUCUCAUUGCUCACAAACGCGAACAUGAAGGCCUUAUACCGUAUCCUUGCACGCGCGAGGGCUGCAGCAAAGCAUUUAAUCGUAGGAGUGGACUGGCAAGGCACCUAAGACAGCAUGAUGGACAUAGUUUUCAGUACGCUUGCGAUCAAGACGGCUGUGAUAAAGUGUAUAAGCACAAGCCAACUUUAGUCAUGCAUCAGCGUAAAUAUCAUAAAUUGGGACCGGAGUUAAAAACGCACAUUUGUGAAAUUUGUGGCAAAGUAUUUAAAACGACGACAAUGCUAAACGAUCAUCAUUACACGCACAAGGACAAAUCUGAACGUCCCUACGCGUGUGAACAGCCAAAUUGCAUGCGUCGAUUCUCAAAUAAGGAUAAACUGAAGGUGCAUCUUAUGCGACAUGCUGGAAUUAAGAACUAUGUGUGUACACAUUGUGGCAUGCGCAAAACCACAAUGAACGAGUUAAAGGUUCAUAUUAAUUAUCAUACGCUGGAACGUACGUGGCCAUGCCGGUUUUGCACACACAUUUGUAAUAGUUCAGGCAAUUUGAAAACACAUAUACGCACUGUGCAUGAGCGUGCUAAAGAUUAUGCAUGCCGCUAUUGUGAGCGCACUUUUGCCAAACCAGACACGCGCAAAUACCAUGAAAUGACACACACGGGGGAGAAACCGAAUGAAUGCUCCGAAUGUGGUAAGCGCUUUUUACAACCAGCAGCAUUGCGCACUCAUCGCAAGAUUCAUCAGCGACAGGGCGCGUAUAGUUCAAAAGCGAAAAUAAGUGAAAAGGAGAAACCUGCGCAAGAAACUGUACUCAAAAUAGUAGAAAGUUCUGAAUAA